AUCUUUCCAACUCACAGAAACUCUCAACAACCUCUCUCCUCUCUUGUUUAUCCCAACAAAAGAAAGAAAACUCUUACUCUCUCUGACCAUACCCUCUGUCUCAUUCCAAACAUGGAAGAAUGCACCACCCUCUGCAGUGCAAUUUAUUCACGACUGACAUAAUCUUAAUUCCUCUGUCAAUGAUGGGUGUGGUGAUCACUCCUCACUCUCACAAUUUCCACAUUGCAUUAUUCCUCACCACCUGCUUCUUUCACCAUUAAUUUUGGACCAAACCAAAUAGUCUCAACCCUUUGUUACUUCUUAUAGGGUAUGAAUAUGAUCCUUUAGUUUAAAUUAUUUCAGCAAUCUACACUUUUUUAUCACAUAUAGCACUAAACACCACCAAGUUUCCAUAGGGCUAUGGCGGGUUCAAACAUGACAGUUCUAAUCCAAAACGAAAGGCAUCCAUGCUCCUCGGAGCUAGUUGAGUCUUUCUUGGUUCAAAGUUCUGAACCUUUCUUUCAAGGUUCAGAAUCCCUGGUUAAUGUUGUGAAUGUUAGUGGGAGCAGAGUCACAGAUAGGUCCUUCUUCAAAGCGGUUGAGAAAGAAGAGAAGGGUGAUGAUGAGGACUACGAGGCAUGCUUCCAUCAACCCGGUAAGAAAAGGAGGCUAACAAGCGAACAAGUUCAGUUCCUUGAAAGAAACUUUGAGGUAGAAAACAAGCUUGAACCCGAAAGGAAGGUCCAACUUGCAAAGGAGCUUGGCUUGCAGCCUAGGCAAGUGGCCAUAUGGUUCCAAAACCGGAGGGCAAGGUUCAAAACCAAACAACUAGAAAAAGACUAUGCCACAUUGAAAGCUAGUUAUGACAUACUCAAAGGUGACUAUGACAAUAUUUUUCAAGAAAGGGAGAAGUUAAAAGAAGAGGUUAAUUCUCUCAAGAACAGAAUGAUUGCAAGAGAGAAAAAGGAACAGAAUUUAGAUGUUAAGUCCUGUUGUGGUGCUGUCAAGUCAAAGCAUAAAGAGGAUAUGGAUUUAAUCUUAAAUGCAGCUUCUGAAAAUGGGUUCAAAGUGCCACUUCCUGUUAUGGUCAUGUGCAAACUUGAAGAUGCCAAUUCAGCUAAAAGUGAUGUGCAUGAUUCGGAACAAGACCAGUCUGAUUUCUCACAAGAUGAACAAGACAUUCAAAGGGAAAACCUCUUCACCGUGCCAUCCUUACCAAAGGACGAAGAUGGCUGUUAUGAUGAACCACCUGAAAAUUGUUGCAGUUUUCGGUUUCCAAUUGAAGAUCAAACCUUCUGUUUUUGGUCUUACUGAGUCAUUACUACUUGUGGAGUGUUAAAAGUUAAUGGGUAU